AGUUAAUAAAGAUGGAUAACAUCAGAAUGGACUCUGAUCUCCGAUUUCAUUGAGGCGAACCCUCACUUCUCCAUUAACGAUUCUCUCAUCCCCCUUUCAACUCUAUACAUGUUCUGAGGCCAAUGGUGGUGCUUCGUUUAGGACUGGGGGUUGUGUCGGCGGCUGCGCCUCCUUCCUCCUCCUCUCUUCCCGGAAUCCACAGCCGUUCCUUCUUCCUCCAACCAUUCCCGCGCCGUAGCUUCCAUAGCGGCUGCCGUAGACAUCUCCGUCCGCUCAAAGUGCUUUCUAGUGAGGAGGCUACAAGCUCCUCGGCCAUAGCUUCUUCCAAGGGAGUUGAGAAUGUGGUGAUCAUAGGAUCAGGACCAGCUGGAUACACAGCUGCAAUUUAUGCUGCACGUGCUAAUUUAAAACCAUUAGUUUUUGAAGGGUUUCAAGUUGGUGGUGUUCCAGGGGGUCAGCUAAUGACGACUACUGAGGUUGAAAAUUUUCCUGGUUUUCCUGCUGGAAUCAGUGGUCCGGAUUUGAUGGACAGGAUGCGGAAGCAAGCUCUGCGUUGGGGUGCUGAGCUUUACCAAGAAGAUGUGGAAUUAGUUGAUAUAAGAAACAGCCCAUUUACCAUCAAGAGCAGUGAACGUGAGGUAAGGUGCCAUAGUAUUAUUGUAGCAACUGGCGCUACUGCUAAAAGGCUUAGGUUACCACGUGAAGAUGAAUUUUGGAGUAGAGGGAUAAGUGCUUGUGCAAUAUGUGAUGGUGCAUCACCCUUGUUUAAGGGUCAAGUCCUUGCUGUUGUUGGUGGUGGUGAUACAGCUACUGAAGAAGCAUUGUACUUAACCAAGUAUGCUCGUCACGUGCAUUUGCUAGUUCGUGGGAAUCAGCUACGAGCAUCCAAAGCUAUGCAAGACAGAGUACUCAACAGUCCGAAUAUUACCUUGCACUUCAAUACAGAAGUUGUGGAUGUUGUAAGCAACAGCAAAGGGCAAAUGUCUGGUGUAUUAAUUAAAAGAGUUGACACAGGAGAAGAGUCCGUUUUGGAUGCGAAAGGCCUAUUUUAUGGUAUAGGGCACUCUCCGAACAGCCAGAUAUUAGAAGGUCAAGUUGAACUCGAUAGGUCAGGGUAUAUAUACGUUAAGGAUGGUACAUCAAAAACUUCUGUUGAAGGUGUCUUUGCUGCUGGUGAUGUUCAGGAUCAUGAAUGGAGGCAAGCUGUAACUGCUGCUGGAUCUGGUUGUGUUGCGGCUCUAUCUGUUGAGAGAUACCUUGUGGCCAAUGAACUUCUUGUUGAAUUUCACCAGCCUGUAACUGAAGAGGUAAAGAAGGAACUUACAGAAAAGGAUGUAGAAUGGCAUUAUGAUGUUUCUCUUACUAAACACAAGGGCCAGUAUGCAUUGCGGAAAUUGUACCAUGAAAGCCCAAGGUUGCUUUGUGUGCUUUAUACUUCUCCAACAUGUGGCCCAUGUAGAACAUUGAAACCAAUUUUAAGUAAGGUGAUUGAUGAGUUUGAAAAGGAUGUACAUUAUGUUGAGAUUGACAUCGAGGAAGAUCCAGAGAUUGCUGAAGCAGCUGGAAUCAUGGGAACACCUUGUGUUCAAUUUUUCAAAAAUAAAGAUAUGAUUAGGUCAAUUCCUGGCGUGAAAAUGAAGAAGGAAUAUAAAGAAUUUAUUGAAGCCAAUAAAUGAUAUUUUUUCAGGCACGGAUUGAUGCACUCUUCUUUGGAUUUUGUAGUGUUUGUUCAUGUCAAUUCAGCUUGCUUCUUGUUCCAAGCAACCAUUUUUUUUUUCAUUGUAUCUAAUUUCUUAGCUAAUUGUUCUUUCUCUUGCAAUGGUUGAUUUGAUUUCUAAACAAUUUGCUACUUU